CAAGUUUCAAGUCAAUCAGAGAUCAAUUGACGAUUCGAGAGAAGAAACUCGGGCAUGACCUGAAGAAGAAUGGAUUUCUACCUCACUUUAUGGACAAAGAAUCAUGCAAGUUUGUUAUGAAACGAAAGAGGACGAGACUACGAGCGUCUGGGAUCAAACGGCAACUGAUUCGGAGUCCGGACGAGGGAGAAACGAAGCAUUAAACAAAGACUGAGCAAGCCACACGGGCAGUGCAGAAAAUCCACACGGCCGUGCAAGGUGAGCUGCACGGCCGUGCGACCCUGGCCGUGUAAGAAGCCUGGAAUUCAACUAAUCGAUACGCUGCGUUUUGAAUCGCACGGGCAACUGGGUGAGCUGCACGGCCGUGCGGCCUGCCCAUGUGAGUCGGGAAUUGCUGUUUAAAACCCGAUUUUCAGCCAAAGGAAAGGAGAGAGCUGGGUUUUGGAUCCCAAACACCCAAGGGACGAACCAAAGAGAGAAAAGGCGAUCUGAGGGCAUUCUAAGAGUGGAAUUGGAGGAUUUUUUCGCCUUGGAAGCUCGAGGAACAAGCCCGGACUUGAAGACUGAUCAUCUGAAGAUUCUUACUGCAGUCUCUUUCUUCUCUAUGGAGUAACUUCCCUUCACUUAGGUUUUGAGCAACCCUAGCUAUGUUUGUUUGAUUGGAUGAUUGUAUGAGUACUCUGACUUGAUAAUCUUCAGUUCAUAUUCAAUAUAUGCAUGUUUUCAUGAUUCAAUUCUGCUUUAGUCGAGAUUAUUGAUUCUGCUUUGAUCCUAUGAGAGGGAAUACCUGAUUAGGUCAAUAGAGCACCAUAGAUUGAUAGUAGUGGAUCGAUUGCUUUAGUCGAGGGUUGAUUCACUGCUUUGUAUCGAUUGAGAACCUCUUUCGAUAGAGGGAGUCUAAUUCAGAACGCCUUGAUCAGUUGUUCUAGAGAAGGAUACGUCCCUCUAGGCAAUUGACUCAAGAGGGCCUUGUUCCUUUAGUCGAGACUCAAGGUCUAGUCAAGGAUUCUCCGCAUUGUGAAUGAAAGUGAAACAAGUUGGAAAUCAUCAAUCGUUAUUCUGGCUAGUGGCUAGGUGGAAUCAUACCUAAGUGAGUUCCCAACCUGUAAUUAGAUUAACUUUAACUGUAGUUUGCUAGAGUAGUUUUAGUUCUUUCAUCUUAAUCUGAUUUGCUAAAUAAUAAACUGAAGCUGAGUAAUAGUAACUCUAGAGACCCGUGGAUUCGAUAUUUAUCACUUGAGCCACUAUACUGCAGUCCCUUUCAUUGGUUACACUUGGCCUUUGUUAGGUGUUGUGUCAUAGCGAGUCAGUAUGAGCAAAAUUGUCAUCCCUACAGUCCAGAUGGUGGGUCGAGAGGCCAAAUCCAUGACCUCACGUAUCCCUCACUGCACUCAUGAACCCACCACCGCCGCCGUACGUCAAUCGCUCUCCGUCUCUUCCCGUCCACGUCCAAGAUGUCGGACACCCAUGGCCAGCGCGAUCGAUACCUCCGCCUCCACCAACAAUUCUUCACCUCCUUCCCCGCCAUCCGAGAAAGCGGCGGGACGACGAGGACGAAUCCUCAUCCGACCACGUCGACGCUCGCUGCUUGGUUUCCAAAGACGGGUGGAUCCUCCCGAGAACUCCCUUCUCACGAGGGUAUACGUAUGAUAGCCCGAGACCGGGUGACUAGGAUUAUGAUAGAGUCGUGAACAACGUUCACUUUCCGUAAAGAAUAUUUCCACCCUCAACAAGCCUAGGGUUACAGGAAAUUUCUUCGUAGGAUAAAACUAUCACCACUUUAGGUUCCAGGCUUAAGUACCUAAAGCAUACUUAGAACUUUUAGUAGGAAGAAGAAUGAAUAUUUUGAUGUUCUUUUUCUCUCUAUACAACCAUCUCUAUUUAUAGAGACAGAACAAGCAUGUUGCUUCAAUCCGAAACAUUACCUUGUUCCAAGUAAACCUUUGCAACUUAUGGGAAAAGAUAGGAACAAUACAUGGAAUUAUUCAAA